GCUACUGGAGUAGCGGUAUUUUUUAACAAAUUCAUUACUUGUUAAACGUUUUUUUUUUCAACCAUGAAGUGCGUAGUCCUGUUCUGCCUCUUUGGGCUGGCCAUUUCCAUGCCGGCCACAUACGAGCCCAUCACUCUAGACUACCACGAGACCAUUGGUAUCCCGGAGGCUGCUGCCAUAAAGAGGAGUGAAGAAUCAGCAGAUUUCGGUGGUAACAGAAUCGUUGGAGGAUCCGCUGCGGGCUUGGGCUCCAACCCAUGGAUUGGUGGUCUCGUCGUUACCCUACAAACCGGCCAGACCUCAGUCUGUGGAUCGUCGCUGCUCACCAACACCAGGGCUGUCACCGCAGCUCACUGCUGGAGGCACGGCGCGACCACAGCCAGGCAGUUGGUUGUGGUUUUGGGCUCCACAACUCUCUUCAGCGGCGGCACUAGGAUUACCAGUUCUAACGUUCAGGUUCACGCCAGCUACAAUCCUAACAACUUGAACAAUGAUAUCGCAAUUAUCACCAUCUCCCACGUAGGCUAUACUAACAACAUCAGAAACAUCGCUCUUCCGACGGGUUCUCAGCUGAACAAUAACUUCGCCGGCGCCACUGCCAGAGCAGCUGGAUUUGGACUUCAAAGGGAUGGUGGCAGCAUUACUACUGGUCAAACACUCCAUCAAGUAGAUCUCCCAGUUAUCACCAACGCAGUCUGCCAAUCCACCUUCGGCUCCUCGGUUGUGGUGGGCUCUACCCUCUGCACCAGCGGUGCGAAUGGCAGGAGCACCUGCGGUGGUGACUCUGGUGGUCCAUUGGUCACCAGCAAUAUACUGAUCGGUGUUACGUCCUUCGGCUCUUCCGCGGGUUGCCAGCGCGGCUUCCCUGCCGGUUUCGCCAGGGUGACCAGCUUCGCGUCUUGGAUUAACGCUCGUAUUUAAAUUUACAUUUCCUCUUGUUGACAACUGCU